UUGCCUCUGCUCAUUCCUCAGAUCUUCAAUUCCCCCGCUCUCUCAAUUUCAUUCUAUAAACAGCGAACACGCAUCUGAUAAUGGCGCUCUGGGUUGAAAAGUACCGUCCAUUGACACUGGACAAGCUGACGUUCCACACAGACCUGACCGGCCACCUGCGGCAGCUGGCGACAACCGGGGACCUCCCGCACCUGCUGGUCUACGGGCCCACUGGCUCAGGCAAGCGCACGCGCAUCUCAGCAGUGCUGCGCGAAAUCUACGGGCCAGGUGCAGACAAGCUCAAGGUGGACCAGCGCGUAUUUGAGACGCCGAGCCGGCGCAAGAUCGAGCUCAACGUGAUUACCAGCUCAUACCACAUCGAGCUAAAUCCGAGCGACGCCGGCAUCUACGACCGCGUAGUGGUGCAGGACAUGAUCAAGGAGGCAGCGCAGACGCAGCAGGUGUCAGCAUCAUCUACGGGCCGCAAAUUCAAGGUGGUUGUGAUCCAUGAGGCCGACGCGCUGACACGCGACGCGCAACACGCGCUGCGGCGGACCAUGGAGAAGUACAUGAGCAAUAUGCGGGUGAUUCUGUGCUGCAGCACGACAGCCAAGAUCAUCACGCCGGUGCAGAGCCGGUGUUUGCUGGUGCGUGUUGCUGCGCCCACCUCGGACGAGGUCGUCGAGGUGCUGAAUGCAGUGGCUAAGAAGGAGGGCAUUAGUGUGCCGCCCGAGUUUGCCGUGCGUAUUGCCGAGGCAUCAAAGCGCAACCUGCACCGGGCGCUGCUGAUGCUAGAGGCGGCGUCUGUGCGCCAGUACCCGUUUGACGGCGCACAGGAGAUUCCGAUUCCCGAGUGGGAGGAACACCUGCGGAUCAUUGCCCGCUCGGCAUUGCACCAGCAGACGCCAGCGCAGCUGAUGGCCAUCCGUAAGCAGCUGUACGAGGUUCUGGCGCACUGCAUCCCAUCGACGACGAUCCUGAAGACGGUGGCAUUGCAGCUCGUCGAGCAUGUCGACCAGGCGCUGAAGCCUGAGGUCAUCCACCAUGCGGCAUUCUACGAGCACCGCCUGCAGAGCGGACAGAAGGCCAUUGUGCAUUUGGAGGCCUUCAUGGCUCGGUUCAUGAGCAUCUACAAGCGCUACCUGAUGGAGCUGGUCUGAUCGGGUGUGUCCCCGGGUCCAGGCAUGUUUAUCUGUGUACGUGUCCCUUUUGGCUUGGGGGUGGGGACGAUCCAAAUUGAACCUG